UGCUUAAGAGAUAUUUCGCCACUUUGGAUGAGCCUGUCAACCCAAUGGCACAUGAUCCUAAAGCUAGAUCGUUGACAAAGUUCCAGCAACUAUUAGUGGUUGCCUUCAGAGAGUUCAUUAACGUCGAUGAUGCUAUGAUUUCGAAGGAGAGAGACAAGUACCGUCAUGAAGUCAUGACCAAUGUUGAAAGCUUCAUCAAGAAGUCCCAAUUGAGAAACUUACCACGUGUCAGAAACUUGAACCAAGAGCAAGUCGGUAAGAUCUAUGACUUGUUCUAUG